AUGUUAUUAAAAAAUAUGUGUUUUUUCCAAGCUGGAAUUGGAAUCUUAGCCAAUGCCUUCCUUCUUCUCUUCCACAUCUUCACAAUCUACCACACUCAUAGGCCUAAGCCUACUGAUGUGACCAUCUGUCACCUGGCUUUUGUCCACAUAGUGUUGCUACUCUCUACACCAGAUAUUUUAUCUGCAGACAAGUUCAAGUCACUGAAUUUUCCAAAUAAUGUAAAAUGUAAGGCUUUGUUCUAUAUGAUCAGGUUGAUGAGGGGUCUCUCCAUCUGUACCACCUGCCUCCUUAGCAUCAUUCAUGUCAUUUUCAUCAGCCCCAGCACCUCCUGCAUGAUAAGAUUUAAGCAAAAACUCACAAAUUACACUAUCCAUGCUUUCUUCUGUUUUUGGUCCUUGAACUUGUCCUCCAAGAGUAGCAUGAUAAUGUACUCUGUAGCUCAUUCAAACAUGACCCAUCUACUCCAUGCCAGUAAGUACUGUUCACUUUCCUCAAUAAACUCUAUCAUCAGGGAAAUAUUUUUUAUUCUCACAUUGCUGCAGGAUAUCUUUUUUGUAGGAAUCAUGCUUCUCUGCAGUGCAUACAUGGCGAUUUUCCUAGCUAAUAAUCAUCAGAGAAGAUCUGAGUACCUUCACAGCAUGAGCAUUUUACCAAGAAUCUCUCUAGCAAAAAGGGCCACCCAUACUGUCCUGCUGUUGGUGAGUUUCUUUGUGAUUGUGUACUGUGUGGAUAUUAUAAUGUCAUCCUUCUCAACCAUAUUGUGGAAAUAUGAUACAGCUGUCCUGGGUGUCCAGAGACUUGUGGGAAAUGUCUAUACCACUGUCAGUCCUUUUGUGCUUAUUAGGGCUGAUAAAAGAAUAAUUGGUAUUCUACAAAACAUGAUUGUUAUGACAUCCAUUUUAUCAAGUCAAUGA